GAAAUGGACCUGAAGGUUUUUCUUCCGCGUUGCAUUACAUGCGUAAAUAUAUGGUUAUUUGAAAAUGCAAAGCGGCAGUGUUGUUUAUUCUCUGGUUGCCAAAAUGCAUCGAUAACGUUCAACUAAGCAGGCAGGAGUGACCGUUUUCUGCUAGUACCUGCUGGAAGUUCCUGGGUUCUGCCAUGUCGAUAGACCCUGACCAGGUUGCCUUCGUCGGGCAGGCGUUUGAGGCAUUUGUGAUGGAACACCACCGGAGUGAUCUUGUCCAGAUCCUGCAGGAGGCUGAGGAGGACGCACACUAUCCCGUGGUGGUGAACGCCAUGACACUGUUUGAAGCCAACAUGGAGGUUGCUGAGUAUUUCAUCGCCUUCCCCAGCGAGGUCCUGCCUGUCUUCGACCACGCCCUGCACAGGGCGGCCACUGCAGUCCUGCAGUCCCUCCCCCAGGGCUCUGGGUGCCGACUCAAACGGAACCUGCACGCCAGGAUCUCAGGUCUGCCGGUUUGCCCUGAGCUGACACGGGAUCACAUCCCCAGGUCACGUGACGUGGGCCACUUCCUGUCCGUGACUGGCACCGUCAUCCGCACCAGCAACACCAAAGUGCUGGAGUUCGAGAGGGACUACAUGUGCAACCAGUGCAAGUACGUGUUCUCCGUCCAGGCCGACCUGGAGCAGUUCUACAGCUUCAAGCCGCCCACCUCCUGCCCCAACGAGGAGGGCUGCGGCUCCUUCAAGUUCACCUCCCUGUCCGACAGCCUGUCCUCCCCCGCUGGCUGCAGGGACUACCAGGAGAUCAAGAUCCAGGAGCAGGCCCAGAGACUGUCCGUGGGCAGCAUUCCAAGGUCCAUGCUGGUCAUCCUAGAGGACGACCUUGUGGACAGCUGUAAAUCAGGGGAUGACAUCACGGUGUAUGGCGUGGUUCGGCAACGAUGGAAGCCGCUGUACCAGGACUCUCGCUGUGACCUGGAGAUAGUGCUCCAGGCAAAUUUUGUCGAGGUUAACAAUGAGCAGUCCACCGCAGCACUGGUGUUGGAAGACGUUCAGAAGGAGUUUGAGGAAUUCUGGGAAAAAUACAAGGACAAUCCUUUAGAGGGCAGGAACCAGAUUCUGAUGAGCCUGUGUCCGCAGGUGUUUGGCCUGUAUAUCGUCAAGCUAGCUGUUGCCUUGGUGUUGUCAGGUGGAGUUCAAAGAAUAGAUGCUUCUGGAACAAGGGUCAGAGGCGAGUCCCACCUGCUGCUGGUGGGUGAUCCAGGCACUGGGAAGUCACAGUUCCUGAAAUACGCCGCCAAGAUCACGCCGCGCUCUGUUCUCACCGCCGGCAUCGGCUCCACUAACGCAGGGCUAACGGUGGCAGCGGUGAAAGAUUCCGGGGAGUGGCAUCUGGAGGCUGGGGCGCUGGUGCUGUCCGACGGGGGACUCUGUUGCAUCGACGAGUUCAACAGCAUCAAGGAGCAGGACCGCACCAGCAUCCACGAGGCCAUGGAGCAGCAGACCAUCAGCGUUGCCAAGGCUGGCAUGGUGUGUAAGCUGAACACAAGGACCACCAUCCUGGCAGCGACCAACCCCAAGGGCCAGUACGACCCCAGCGUCCCCGUCUCGGUGAACGUGGCGCUGGCCAGCCCACUGCUGAGCCGCUUCGACUUGGUCCUGGUCCUGCUGGACACCAAGAAUCCCGAAUGGGACAGAAUCAUCUCCUCCUUCAUCCUUCAGAACAAAGCUCCUGGCACCGACGGCCCAGCCGACUCCCUGUGGAGCCUAGAGAAGAUGAAGGCCUACUUCUGCCUGGCCAAGGGGCUGCAGCCGCGCAUGACGGAUGAGGCGAGCUCGGUGCUGGCGCGCUACUACCAAAUGCAGAGGCAGAGCGAGGGCCGCAGCGCCGCCCGCACCACCGUGCGCAUGCUGGAGAGCCUCGGACGCCUGGCCGAAGCACAUGCCCGGCUGAUGUUCCGGGGGACCGUCACGGUGGAGGAUGCGGUCGUGGUCGUCUCCGUCAUGGAGUGCUCCAUGCAGGGGGGCGCCCUUCUGGGUGAAGUGAACGCGCUGCACACCUCGUUCCCCGACGAUCCCCGCGAGCAGUACCGGCAACAGUGCAAAGUCAUACUGGAAGCACUGGGAUUGCAGCAUCUUCUCAGGAAGGAGCUGGGGAGGCUGUCACAGUUGAUUAAAAGAUGCAGGACCUCCAGUGGCCAAGCAGAGGGUCCAGCGCAUCCUUCAGAAGAUCAGCCCUGUCACAGCACGAGUUCUGGCGCUGCCCAGGAUGCCCAUUCUCUUCCACCGACUCUGAACGGCUCAGAUCCCGCUCUGGAGUGGUUCCACUCGCUGUCCGGCCCGGUGGAGGCUGACGCUCCGAUACAGCUCUCGCCGAUUUCGGCAGCUCUGUCCUGUGUCCCCACGAGGGCCCCCAGCAGCCCUACAGAGAGGUGCGAGCGGCAGACGACGGCCACAGGAGACGAGCUAGCGGGUCCGGCGGAUGCGGCAAAGGGGGCAGCGUCUGUGAUGGAUAAGCUGUCGGAGAAGCUCCGAGGCAGGAGGCUCCAGGCCCUGACCUCCACACCCUUGCGGCCUGGGGCCCCGGGACCAAACGCUAAAACUGGUGGGGAGCCAUUUGAUCACGUGCCCCUGCCCUCCCACAGCACCCCCAUGGCUGACAAGAAACAGGCCACGAGUAAGAGAGAUGCAGAGCAGAUCCCAUCACUCGGUGGCUACAGUGCACCAGGGACUGGGGAGCCCGGGGACGACCCGCUCACUAAACUCUCAGGGUUCAACUUCCGGCCCAGGAAGAAGCUGUCUCGCAUGUCCGGCCUUCACAACCAUCCAGGUGACUCGGGCUUAAGGCUGAAAGACCCUGAUCACUUUCUGGAGAUGGAAGGAGAGGAACCAAAAGAAGCAGGAGGAAUCCUGGUGAACCGGUGCCCCAGGGGUGCAGACAAGGAGCGGCCACACACACAGAGAUGGCCGGGGGAGUCAGAGAGAGCGGCGGAGGGAUCGCGGAGGCCGGAGGGGGCGGCGGAGGGAACGCGGAGGCCGGAGGGGGCGGCGGAGGGAUCGCGGAGGCCGGAGGGGUCGGCGGAGGGAUCGCGGAGGCCGGAGGGGGCGGCGGAGGGAUCGCGGAGGCCGGAGAGAAGCAGCACGAGCACAAAGCUCAGAAAAGAGCACAGACUGGCUGAAAGGCCUCAUAACCACAUGGAGAGGGGUCAGGGCCCUGCCGACCCAGCAGAGGGAGAGGAUGGGCGGGAGCAUAAGCGACAGAGACUGCUCCAGCGCCUGAGCAGCAUGGAGACGGGUGACAUCACAGCCCCGGAGGCCGGGCCCCCUCGCCCAGACCCCCCUCGGACAGUCUCCAGCUGCACCCUGGCCAAACUGUCCCUCUUCUCCUUCACGGCCUCAGCGGACAAGCGAACCAAGCCGGCAGCCAGGGGCACCACGCCCGCCGGAAAGAGUGGGCAAGGCAGCUCCGCAGAGGAGCCUGCUGGGAACCCCAGGAAGAGGAAGUGUUUCGAGUUCGGGCCAAGCACGUCGAAGGCAGUCUUCUCGGGCCAGUCCAUGUUCAGCUGCUCAGCGAUAGAUGAUGCUGAGCUGGAGGUGGACUGGGACGAGGAGCUCGGCAAGAGAGUUAAAGUGUGACUGACUGCUGCACCGGGGAUCUUCAUGAUGCAUGUAUUUGUUUUAUUUUUUGUGUUUAUGUAAUGUAAAUACAUAUCCUUAGCCUCUCUUUGUGCUGCUGAAUUUCUUGUAAGGCUUGGGUUGCCUUUAGAAAUAUGCAUUUAUUAAUUUUGUAAUUAUGUAUUAUACAUUUCCUAUUGUCUGCCUCUCUGCAAAGUCAUGCCUGCCAAAACCACACAAAGGCCCCCCUCUGUAUUUCCCCCGCCAGGCCACAAACCCUUAUUGUACGCGGGACAAAAUCUCAGUUCCGGCUCUGACAUUCUGCGGUGACAGCUUGUCGCAUACCGAAGUGCGUCGUCUGCAGAUGCAAGUGUCCUUCCCGAGGGAGCCCACUGCAGCACGUACGGCAUGCCGCCGUCGUCAUGGCUACACUGGAAGAAUUCCACAAGGAGGUGCUAAGAAGACAGUGUUUAGCUCGGCCCUUAAUGAGAUCGGUUUUAAUGGCAGGGCUGUAACUGGACCCAGGGGACGUGGUUCCGGUAGGAGAGAUCAAGGUCAGACUUGUCCCUAGCACCGAUGCCAUUUAGGAGCAUACAAUACUUUUCCUUCCUGGAGUGUCAUAUAUUCAAGCAGACCAAAGAGAAAGUGGGCCACUUAGAUGUCGUCAGUCACACUCUGAGUUGAGCACAGGGGUAUGCCCUCUCUCAGGGGUGAGCUCCAUUUGAAUUUGCCGUAUUUCUAAGGCACUCUGUACUGGCCUGCUCACUGGAAUAAUAUGAUAUUUCAUGCAGUGGCAUAUUACCAUUGUCUGGCCUAUGUAGGUCAAUGCUUGGCUGUCAGAGUCAGGCGAGAAGGCCUGAGGAGAAGAUGAUGGAGUUUAUUUAGGGGGCAUGAUGACAGCCGGAAGCGGCAGCCAGGAUGACGACUUUAAUGGACUCUAACUUCCUGCAGAUGAGGCAAUGGCCUUAUUAAUAAUGAAUUGUUAUUGAUCAGAAAUAUUUCAGGCUGGAUGGGCUGUACUCUGUAACUUAAAAAAAAAAAUAAAAAUCAUUAAAGGAUUUUUCUUUUCCCCGAAGCCCUUUAAAGAAAAUCUGAUACGAUGGUUCUGAGAAGCUGUAGGGGUACGUUUCCUGCCCAGUCCACAGCCUCAUGACAGACAGUACUGUUAAUUGCAGUUAUUACCGGAUGAACAGACUGUAUCCGCUACAUCCUGCUAGUGGGUUGAAUUUUAUUAGCAGUGAUUUUUGCGUAUUAUGCAUUGAUUAAUCGGAUAUCUGAAUGCACAUCGCAGAGCCACACAGCAGGAUCACUUGAAUAUUACAAUACUCUCAAGUAGUAAGAAAACACAAGAUACUGUUUACUCAAUGGUCCUAUAAACUUCUUUUGAAAA